AUGUCCAUGAUUGUGAGGUACCGGGACACUUACACCAUAAAGCCUGAGACAGAGACGUGGAGUGGCUACCUACCACUCUCGGAGCUGGACCAAAUCGACAUGAUCAGUCAUUGGUACACCAUUUACUUCUACAAACCACCCUCAGAAUGGCUCCACUCGGCCGAUGCCAUCUUCAACACUCUCCGAGCUUCAUUGAGACGCGUGCUGGUCCCCUUCUAUCCGCUUGCUGGAAGGCUCGAGCGGCUCGAUGGGGGACGGCUCCGACUCGAUUGCAAUGCCAUGGGUGUUUGGCUCAUCGAGGCCGAAUCCGAAGGUGAGCUCAAUGACUUGGGCGAUUUUUGUCCAGGUCCGGACUUCGAACAACUUAUGCCAAGCUUGGACUACACGAUGCCGAUCCAUGAGCAGCCGCUAUUGCUAGUUCAAGUCACCAAGUUUAGGUGUGGUGGGCUCGCCUUGAGUCUCUCUAUAUCUCAUGUAGUUGCUGACGGGCUUAGUGCUGCUCAUUUCUACAAUGAGUGGGCUUGGCUCGCCCGUGGUGAGCCAUUGAAUAUUGAGCCGUACUACGAUAGGAAGGUUUUAUGGGUGGGUGAAGAUCCAUCCGGCGCACGGCUGCCGCCGCCAAACUUGGAGCUCUCCGAGUUCAACCACCCGCCAUUGCUAAUUGGCCACGCUAACAAUCUAGAACAGCGCAUGAAGAAGACCGCCCUGGCCAUGCUUAAGGUGACGAAGACCCAAGUUGAAACCCUAAAGAACGCUGUGAACAAGGACCGACCCAGCCACCACCCGCGCCCCUACACCCGAUUUGAGACGAUUGCCGCGCACAUAUGGCGGUGUGUGUGCAAGGCGCGCAAACACAAACCCGAGCAGGCGACCUCGCUGUACUUCUACAUAGAUGCCCGCAGCCGCCUGCGGCCACCCCUAAAGCCCGGAUUCUUCGGCAAUGCGGUCUUCAACAUGGUCGCAGGUGGCACAUCCGGCGAGCUGGUGUCCAGCCCGCUCAGGUGCACCUCGAGCGUGAUUCGAGAGGCCAUUGAGGCAGUGACCCACGACCAUGUGAAGUCGGCCAUUGAGCACAUCCGGAGACAACCGGACCUGACCACGUUUCAGGAUCUGCAUGCCCAAGGAAGCACACAAGGGGUUUUCUAUGGAAACCCUAAUCUCAGGCUGUCGUGCUGGUUGACGUUGCCGCUGAACGGCCUUGAUUUCGGGUGGGGGAGAGAGAUUCACAUGGGGCUUGGGAACCACGAUUUGGACGCCGAUUCUGUGGUUCUUCCAGGUCGUGAGGAAGCAGGUGGCUUGGUGGUGGCCGUGUGCUUGCAAACAGCGCACAUUGAAGAUUUCAAGAAGUUCUUCUAUGAUGAUAUCGUUGAGUAG